UAAAAUAAAAAUUAGUUAUUUAGAUUCGUGUUCAUUGAAACAUCUAUAUUUUUAGUUGGAAAUCCCUCUAUUGUCUAGAACGCAAAAAAUCAUAAAUACCUAUCGUUACCGUUCCAUUAUUAUUUAUUAAUUAUUAAAACGAGAAUUAUUAUGCGCUAUUAACGGCUGUGACCUCGGGGAAAAUGUAAAUCAGUAGUCGCUUUUCGGGCGACGUCGUAGGCGCCUAACUGCUCCAGAUCGGUGUCGAUCGCCGUAAAAAAUUGUAAACACUUUACCGGACACGUCGCCUGCGCAGCUUUACACGUUAAGCUUGUGUGUGACGUAAUAUUAUUAUUUAUAAUGUACAAUACAUUUUUUAUUUAAGAUUUAUAUAUAUUAUUAUAUGAUAUCGUUCGUUAUAAUAAUUUAUAAUAGUGUCCUCUACGCCGAAACAACGACACAAUCGGUUGAUUUGAACGGACUUCCGCUGAAAUGAUCGAAGUGAACUUUUACAGUGUGGUGUUGGUGCCGUUGGCGGGUUUCAUAUCGUACGCGAUAUGGUCGCGACUACGUAUGCCGGUGGAAUACCGACAGAUCUCGUCCCACGUGCCGUCCGUGACGAAAACCUUUUGGAGCGAAAUGGUACUUUCGUGGAAACUUGCGAUGCUACAGCCCAAAGAUAUAUUGCCAUUUGUAACGGAGUUAUUUAGAGAGAAUGGUCCAGUAGUUCAUUUUAACCUAUCAGGCAGAUCUUACGUUUUGCUAAACGAUCCUGAUGAUUUAAAAGUUCUACUGUCCAAUACACAAUAUAUCAAAAAAGGUCCAGAGUAUGAAAUGUUGAAACCGUGGCUGAACGAAGGCCUUUUAUUGAGCUCAGGUCAGAAAUGGCAUAACCGACGGAAGCUCCUCACCAACACGUUUCACUUUAAGACAUUAGACAUGUACAAUCCAUCCAUUAACAAACACUCGCGUAUAUUGGUGGAUAAACUAUUUGAUGCGUCUGCGAACGACGAUAAAGAAAUCUCUAUCGCUGAAUACGUGACUUUGUGUUCUUUGGACAUUAUUUGUGAAACGAUUAUGGGCACUGAGAUGAAUGCUCAAAAAGGUAAAUCAGCUGAAUAUGUUCAUUCGAUUAAGAGUGCUUGCAAAUCGGUGAUUGAACGUAUUUUCAAAUUUUGGCUGUGGAAUGAUCUGGUUUUUAGAAUGAGUGGAAGUGGUCAAAGUUUUUUUAAAUCAAUCAAAAUCCUACACGAGUAUACUGAUAACGUAAUUAAAAGUAAACGAGCAUCGUUGAAUAACUCUGGAAUUGAAAAAAUUAGGUCAGACAGUAAAUUUGAAAAAACGAAAAAGAAAUCGUUCUUAGACUUACUCCUUAACGUCUUAAACGACACGCCGGAUCAGAUGAGCGACAGAGACAUUCGUGAGGAAGUAGAUACGUUUCUUUUCGAAGGCCACGACACGUCUUCCAUUGCAAUGACGAUGAUUUUGGUUUUACUGGGGAUGCAUCCGGAAAUACAAGAUCGAGCCAGAGACGAGCUACAUAGUAUUUUUGGAGACUCUGAUAGAGAUGCUACAAUGGAAGACUUGAAUGCUAUGAAAUAUUUGGAAGCCGUCAUCAAAGAAUCGCUUAGAAUGUACCCAAGUGUGCCGGCCUUUACGAGGGAACUAGAUAAACCAUUGCAGCUCAAUAAAUAUAUUAUUCCUCCAAUGACUACAAUAACAGUAUAUCCCUUUAUUCUACACCGUAAUGAAGACAUAUAUCCGAAUGCUGAAGAAUUUAUCCCUGAGAGGUUUUUGGAUGAAGAAAAUAAGGCGAAAUUUAUAUUUGGAUAUUUACCGUUUAGCGCUGGCGCCAGAAACUGCAUUGGACAAAAGUAUGCAAUGAAUCAAAUGAAAAUAGUUGUAUCAACCAUUUUACGGAAUGCUAAGUUUGAAUCCUUAGGACGCAAAGAAGAUAUUCGAAUUAGUACACAAUUAAUCAUAAGAAUAGAGUCACUUCCAAAAAUGAAAUUUUAUAAGCUUAGGACAAUAAUAUUAAAUUAUUAUUUAUUAAAAUUAGACGUACCUACUACAGAGACCGUGACGGAAAUGAUCGAAGUGAACUUUUACAGUGUGGUGUUGGUGCCGUUGGCGGGUUUGAUAUCGUACGCGAUAUGGUCGCGACUACGUAUGCCGGUGGAAUACCGACAGAUCUCGUCCCACGUGCCGUCUGCAACGAAAAGCUUUUGGAGUGAGAUGGUGCUUUCGUGGAAACUUGCGAUGAUGCAACCCAAAGAUAUAUUACCAUUUCUCACGGAGUUGAUAAGAAAUAACGGUCCAGUAGUUCAUUUUAACCUUUCAGGCCGAUCAUACGUUUUACUAAACGAUCCAGAUGAUUUAAAAAUUCUACUGUCCAAUACCCAAAAUAUCAAGAAAGGUCCAGAAUAUGAAAUGUUGAAACCAUGGCUGAACGAAGGUCUUUUGUUGAGCUCAGGUCAGAAAUGGCAUAACCGACGGAAACUCCUCACCAACACGUUUCACUUCAAGACAUUAGAUAUGUACAAUCAUUCCAUAAACAAACACUCGCGCAUAUUGGUAGAUAAGCUGUUGGACGCUUCUGCAAACAGCGAUAAAGAAAUCUCCAUCGCUGAUUAUAUGACUUUGUGUUCUCUGGAUAUUAUUUGUGAAACAAUAAUGGGUACUGAGAUGAAUGCUCAAGAAGGUAAAUCAGUCCAAUAUGUCUAUUCAAUUAAAUGUGCUUGCAAAUCGGUGAUUGAACGUAUUUUCAAAUUCUGGCUGUGGAAUGAUCUGGUUUAUAAAAUGAGCGGAAGUGGUCAAAGUUUUUUUAAAUCAAUCAAAGUGCUACACGAAUUUACUGAUAACGUAAUUAAAAGUAAACGAGCAUCGUUGAAUAACUCAGGAAUUGAAAAAAAUAGGUCAGACAGUAAAUUUGAAAAAACGAAAAAGAAAUCGUUCUUAGACUUACUUCUUAACGUCUUAAACGACACGCCGGAUCAGAUGAGCGACAGAGACAUUCGUGAGGAAGUAGAUACGUUUCUUUUUGAAGGCCACGACACGUCUUCCAUUUCGAUGACAAUGACUUUGGUUUUACUAGGGAUGAACCCGGACAUACAAGAUCGAGCUAGGGACGAGCUACAUAGUAUUUUUGGAGACUCUGAUAGAGAUGCUACAAUGGAAGACUUGAAUGCCAUGAAAUAUGUAGAAGCCGUUAUUAAAGAAUCUCUUCGACUUUAUCCAAGCGUGCCAGGCAUUACGAGAGAACUACAAACGCCAUUACAGCUUAAGAAUUACAUUAUUCCUCCGAUGACUACAAUUGGAGUAUAUCCUUUUAUUCUACACCGCAGUGAAGACAUUUAUCCAAAUGCUGAAGAAUUUAUCCCUGAAAGAUUUUUGGACGAGGAAAAUAAGGCGAAAUUUCAAUUUGGAUACUUACCGUUCAGCGCUGGUGCCAGAAAUUGUAUUGGACAAAAGUAUGCAAUGAAUCAAAUGAAAAUAGUUGUAUCAACCAUUUUACGGAAUGCGAAGUUUGAAUCCUUAGGACGCAAAGAAGACAUUCAAAUUAGUACUCAAUUAGUCUUGAGAAUAGAAUCACUUCCGAAAAUGAAAUUUUUUAACCUUUAACUAUAGAACUGUGAAUAGAUAACCUAACCUAAUAUGUGUAUUUAACUUUUUUUUUAUGUGUGUUUAUAACGGCAUUGUAGAGGGGCACAUCAUCCCUAUUAUUAUUAAUUUAAUUAAUUAAUAUUAUUAUACUAAUCAUAAAUUAAUUGUUUUAAGACAUAAUGUGAAAAUUGUAUUUCUAUUCAGUUAAUUUGGUAAUAAAAGACAACAAUAAUGGUCCUAUUUUUUUUUUCUGACAUUUAUGGUAUUUAGGUUUAUAUAAUAAAACUAAUAAUACAUUAUUAUUUGUAAAAAGUUAUACGUUUUUAAUGUUUCUAUCAAAUUACCAACUUGGCUUCAGGAAAAUCAGAGGAUCAAGUGAAGGAAUAGUCAAUAGGUACUUGCUCUAAGGAUAAUAGUACGAACGAGAAUAUUAGAAAAAUAUAAACAAAUAUAGUUACAUCACGAUUGUUGAUAUCCAUUUUCCUCGUUACCGGAUCAGUGUGUCAAGUCGAUUAUCUACAUUAUGUACUUAGUACCUACAUAUAUGUCUUAUUAGUGUAUUGAAUAUUCAUUUAUAUAUAUUUUUUUUUUUACUGAUAUUUUAUUUAACUGAUUUUGACAUUGUUAAAUGCAAUUCUGUAUUAUUUUAUAUUUGUAUUACUAAUUAAUUAAUAAUAAUAAAAUAACAUAAUUUUAUGAUUUUUA